UUGCGGGGGCGGGUGGGCUACCUGGGGGAGAAGUACGAGGAGGGGAUGCACCAGCCUGUGGAUCGGCCCAUCCGCCUCUUCCACUCGGAUAUCCUCGAGUCCCUCUCCAAGACGGCAUGGUACGUGGCGUUCAUGGUGUGGGUUCCCGUGGUGCUCUAUCUCAGCUGGGUCAGCUACACCUCCCUCGCCCAGGGAAACACCAGGCUCUUCUCCUCCUUCACCACAGAGUACUCCAUCCCCGUCCACAAAUACUACUUCCCCUUCAUCUUCCUCCUGGGGAUGUUCCUGUGGUCCCUGCUAGAGUACCUCAUCCAUCGCUUUGUCUUCCACAUGAAGCCACCCGCUAGUAACUACUAUCUCAUCACGCUGCAUUUCUUGCUGCAUGGGCAGCAUCACAAGUCUCCCUUCGACAGCUCCCGCCUGGUCUUCCCUCCCGUGCCGGCCUCGCUGGUGUUAGGCUUCUUGUACGGCGUCAUGCGGCUCCUGCUGCCCGAGGUGCUGGGGCUCUCGCUGUUCGUCGGGAGCCUCUGUGGCUACAUCACCUACGAC